UUGCCGCUGUUAGUCCGUCUGGCGCAGUCGAGCGGCGGGCACGUCGUAUAACAGAUCUAUCAAAGAAUAUUUUUCAAACAUUUAUAAACUACGUAAUAAAUUCAUUUUAUUCGAUUAAACAAACACAUUAAUACGAACAAUUUGUUCGGCCAAAAGUUCCGAGGGCAAUCUGUUGUAUAGAUUGUAACGAACCGCGAAGCUAUCUCUCUCUUGGUGGUUGGUCAAGAUGGCCGAAAAGAGCGACUCAAUAACGCCGGGUUCCACGUCGGCUACGAUCGGUCAACAAAAUAAUAAUAAUUCGUUAUUUCUAACGAGUUUCGUUGAGGAAAUCAUUAAAAGUCCGAUUAAUCUUUUAUUGGUCGGUAUAAUAGCCCUACUCGUUUAUAAAAUAAUUAAGAGUAAAAUUAAAUCGGAGGAACCAUUGGAAGAGAUCAAACAUUUACCAAAAUUACAUCGUGACUUUACUAUCGAGGAAUUGAAAAAGUAUGACGGCAAUGGGGCCGACGGAAGAAUAUUGGUUGCACUUAAUGGAAGCGUUUAUGAUGUUACAAGAGGUUCCACGUUCUACGGCCCUGGUGCACCAUAUGCAGUAUUUGCUGGACGUGAUGCUAGCAGAGGAUUAGCAACAUUUACAUUAGAACCGAUUAAAGACGAGUAUGAUGAUUUGAGCGAUUUAGACAGUGAACAAAUGAGUUCUAUGAAGGAAUGGGAAUUGCAAUUUAAAGAGAGGUACGAUUAUGUUGGGAAAUUAUUAAAACCGGGAGAGGAACCAACGAAUUAUUCGGACGAGGAGGAUGAAGGUAGUCAGCAAGAGACUGAAAAUAAAUUGGAUCAACAAAAUGCAAAAUCUGACAUCUGUGAAAUCAAAAAUAAAGCAAAAGAUGAUUGACCGCCCCGUUCUGUGUCAAAAAUGAAACAGGAAUUUUGGGAAUACACUGAGCGCACAGAGUUGUUAAGGAAAUUUUUAGAUUUAUCACUCGUAGAAAUGUUUACGAACGUUCAGCCGAAUAUUUUAUUAAUUUUUAACAAUAUUUCUGGAAGAUAAAUAAGGUAAUAUCUUUUAGUUAAAUCUAUAAAACUCUGAGCUGGUGUUUCGUAUAAAGACUUCGUUUGAGUGCCUGAUUUCAACAAAAAGAAACACACAAACAAACAAACACACACAUAUUCCGAUUAUUAUAUACAAUCUUUUUAUAUAUGUACAAAGAAUUUUUCUACAAAAGUCACGUCAAAAAUUUCUAUUAGACAGAAUUUAAUAACUCUCGCUAUGUUUCAAUCAUAUUCCACUAUAUUAAAAUGACACGUGUGUUUGUCAUCACCUGUCAUGUCUUACUAUGUUACUUUGAGAGCAUAGAAUAAUGUGUACUUGGUGCCCCUGAAAUUUAACAAUGUUAGGGUUAAGUUUCAGUUGCAUUUGAAUAUUAGUUUUAGGUUCUGCAAUAUUUUUUAUGUAUGUGUAUAUGCAUAUAUAUACACAUAUAAACACAAAUGUAUGUGUAUAUCCAUAUAAUAUAUAUAUAUAAAUAUAUAUAUUAUACAGCUCUGUUACUCCGUUUAAAGUGCAUCUUGAUUUUAAAUAUUAAAUUAUAAAGUUUGUGUUAAUAACAAUUGACAAAUAUAUCAAAUUUCUUCAAACUUCUUUGCAAUAUAGAAAAUGUUUUUUUUUCUUUUUUUUUUUUUUUUUUUUUUUUCUUUUUCUUUUUCUUUUUUUUUUUUUUUUACAGAAAAUCUUAAUUCUACUCUUUAUGCUUUAUUAUGAUUAAAAUAUAUCUGAUAAUAAAUUCUUAGAAGAAAAUUAAAUCUUAACAAAAGAAUGAUAUUUAUGAUGAAUAUUGCAUAUGAAAAGCAUAUUCUAAUUACAAGUAUUAAAAACAUCUAAUCAUCCAAUUGAUUAAAGCAAAAGAAUGAAAGAAUUUCUUUUAUAAAAAGAUUUUACUACAAUGAAAUUGAAAUCUUUCUUUGUAUGCAUUAUAAUUUAAACUCUAUCCUUUAUAUAUAAUAGAUAUAUAAAAAUAUACACAGAGCUUUUCCCUCCGCAGCAUUUAAUAAUAUUUAAAUCUAUACAAUUGUUCUUGUUUGUAUAGGAAAGGAGGAUUUUGUAUUAAUUACAACAAUUAUGGGGAAAAAAAAAAAAAACAACAUUGUAUUCGAUCAUACUAUUGUUUUCAACAAGAUAAAACAAAGAUUUAUUAGUCGAAUUCAUCGAAAUCUACAUUUAAAAAUAAACUUGUAAAUAAUUCUUCUUUGUAAGUAGAUUUAUAUAUAAUAAGAAUAUGCAUACAUUAACAAUUAAUUAAUUAAUUAAUUAAUUAAUUAAUUAAUUAUGUUUCACUUAAGCGAGAAGUUGAUUUCAUGGGUUAUAUGUUUAUUCUCGUGUUAGGGGUAUUCAAGUAAAUUCAUGAUUUAGAUAUAAUUUAUUUGGAAAUAUGAUUUUUAUGUUUGAAAUUA